AUGGUAAAACUGCUUAUUGCCUCUGGCAAAUACCGGUUGAUGCCGGUGAAGGAGGAAAUAAGUUUCAGAGCUGAUAAGGCUCCAAAGCCUAAACCCUCUGCCUCUGCUAGUAUACCUCUGUUACCGAGAGGUAGGACCAGUUCAUUUUUUGCUGAUAAUUCUGGUAUAGACGAUACCACUAUGGGUAGAGUUUCAAGUCACAAUUUUCCCAAGAUACCCCUGUUCUCUGGUAGUGACCCUACACCUAAAGGCGAGGUGAAUUACCAGGAAUGGCGAUAUGAGAUCCGUUGCUUACACGGGGAUGAUGAAAUCACCGCAAGUACUUUAGUGCAAGCAAUACGUCGCUCAUUAAGGGGAACUGCCAGGAGAAUGCUAAUUUCCCUGGGAGAGAGGCCUACCAUUGCUGAUAUACUCCGCAAGUUGGAUACCCUAUUUGGGGAUAUAUCAACCCAUGGUAUGUUAAUGCAGGAGUUUUUCAACUCGUCGCAAAGACAGGGUGAGUCUGUAACUGAUUUUGGUUGCAGAUUAGAAACCCUGUUACAGACUGCAAUUGACAAUGGGUCUCUACAGCAAUCAUCUAAAAAUGAUAUGCUGAGGGACAAAUUCUGGACAUCCCUACGUUCAGAAAAGCUAAAGAGCCAGACACGUCAUAAGUAUGACUCAUUACAAGAUUAUGAUGAGCUUUUACGUGAGAUACGUGUUGUAGAGAAGGAAAUUUCUUUGUCGGAGUCUGGCGUAGCAGGUAAGAGUGAUACUGACAAACAGGGUAAAAAAGGUCAAAGUCAUGCUGUCACUUGUGAAGUAGACCAACAGUAUGCUUCAAGUUCCAACAUAGGAAAAGAGGAGCAGAAAUUUAAGGACCUUGAGGAAAAUCUUCUUUCCAAACUUAGUAGUGUUACAUCCAACAAAGAUGAGCAGAAGUCAAAGAACAGCUAUAGGGGUCGAGGUCGUGGCAAAGAUUACAAAGGUUACAAAGGUAACAAAGGUCACAAAAACAAAGAUCAAAAGUCUGACCCAAAAGAGUAG